GGCCUGCCCUGUGAGGCGGCGGCGCACUACAAGCCCCACAACGCCCUUCGGGCCGCGGGCAUGCGCCGCCAUCUCCAGGGCCACCGCCACCGCCGGAGGGGGCGGUCGGGGCGGCUCGGCUCGGCUCGGCUCGGCUCGGUGGCAGCCCCAAAAAACAGACCUUCGCUGGUUGUGGCAGGACGUGCUCCCUCCUGUGUCAGCGCACCACCGGCUCCAACACUGCCCUGCAGCUGCCUCUCCCGUCCUGGCAGAGAACUGCAGGGGAAGAAGAGGAGUGGGGAGUGCUCGUUCCCGUGCAAAACGUAGCUUUAAGGUGUCUUCUUUUGUCCUUCCUCCCGUGAAAGAGGGGCAGCAGCGGAUAGCCUUUCCUUUUAUUUAGCAACACCAGGAAAGCUGUGACAGAGAUGAGAAGAAAAGCCAGUUCUUGGAUCCCAACUCCCCCUCCUCGCGAUCAGGAGAGCUGCCUUCUAGCAACUUCUGCUUUCGGCAUGAAUGAAGGAGCCUCUCCUGGGUAUCUGAGAGCAGACGGAUGGGACAGCGUGCUCCUACUUGUUCUGCCACUCCCCAAGGUUUUAGUUCCCCGAGGUGUUCGCUGCAGGCAUCAGCCCGUUCCUGUCCGUUUUCCCCCGUUCCCUUCCAUCACAAGCAGCUCUCAGCGAAGCAGCGUGAGCCAAGAUCCGCGGAUCAGCAACGAGAAGCAGGAGCGGAGAUGAAUUCCUCCAGCGCUGCUGGCUUUCAAUAUUUAUUCCCGGCACUUGGUCAGCCAAAGCUCAUUCACUUCCUUGCACUUAGCUGAAGUGAUGGCAAGAGCUGCAGCCGGGGAGGAGGUGGAGGAGGGCCUUGCAGGAGGUUUUUUUUUUAUUAUUAAAAAGCUGAGCUGUGCAUUUGUAGCUGUUUCUUGCAACUUGCACCCAGGACAAGAUCAGGUUUAAAUCACUGCGGAGGAAAUUGAGGCUGAGCUUUGGGAAGGGGUCUGUGCUAACCCUUCGUGCCUUCAUUGCUACAGCUUGGCAGGAGAGAUUGAUAAGCAUUAAAAAUGGGAUAUAUGAGUGUCUUUUGGGGAUGGUUUAGGGGGAGCUGACCUUGCCCUGAUAAUUAGAUGGCUACAUGACCGCUCUGUGUCCCUUCCCCUUCCUUGUCCAUGGCUGAAAUAGCACCUCUUAAAUUCGCUGCUUGCUUUUAGGGAGUUGCUAAACAAAGCAGUUUUUCAGACCAGCUUGCCAGAGGAGGUGGACUUCAUUUCUAUUUCAUUGGAGUCGUUACAGCUGCUCCGAAAUUGAAAUGAAUUUGUUGCUCAGCUCCCCAGGGACCACCGCUCGAGCCUGCACAGCUCGCAGCGAGUGCUCGCUUCUCCGGCGUUAUUCAGUCUCCCGGGUGUUUCCAGCUCUCCCUUCAGACAGAGAUCCCGCAGGCUGGAGGGAUCCCUUUGAACCCCACUGAACUGGGCAGUAGAGAAGUGUUGGCGUUUGUCCUAAAUCUACCUUCCUCUCCUCCUUCUCUUCUCCCUGGCAUGUAAGAGCAAGCAUCUCUGGGUUAAAAUCCUAAAGGACCACUGCUCGGGAUGUCAGAGCGCGUUGCUUUUUUCCCCUCCCUCCCAACUUGCAUCAAAGGGAGUUUAAAUUGCUACUCGGAGUUUAAAAACUGCAAUUAGGAGCAGACUAAUCAGGGGCGUCCCGAUGAGAAAUCUCUUCCUGCGGCUCCCCAGGAGUCGUGGCUGCAGUUUUAUCUCCAGCCUGGCCAGCAGCGAGCCUUGAUGCAUAAUGAAAAUCGGAGCCCAUGAAUACUGUAGGCGGAUCGAUAUCUCAGCUGAAGUUCGCAGCAGAAAAUACAAUCGAUGCUCUUACACAAGCCAGGAGUGUUUCUGGACAGGAGGAGAACAGCGGCAAGUCCCCCCCCCGCCUCCAGUAAAAUAACACCAAGCAUUAUGUUCACCAGCUCACCUUUCAAAUCGUGGAUCAAAAUCUGCCCUUGGCUGUGCUCCUCGUGCUGCUGUUACCUGCUGCUAGCUACAGCUGAGGCGAGAGGCAGAGCUGGAUAAAGGUGGCUGGGCACAAGGACCAGGAAAAGGAGCUGGCUCACCCAAGUCCUCUGUCUUUGCCUCCACCAUGCCAAGGAGUGCUGAUGAUGUGCUCCCUCCCCGUCGCCUUCCCCGCCUGUCGUCCUGCUAGGAGCCAGCUCCAGAAUGAACAUAGCGGCGGUGUUUAACGCCCUGCUCGUGUCUGUCCUCGCUGCCCUGCUCUGGAAGUACAUCAAGCUGCGAGAGCAUGCCUUCCUGGUCGAGGAGGAGCUGGUCCUCACGCGCCAGUCCCAGGAGCUCUCUCAGGUGCAGAUCGACUACCAGGCGGCUCUCCAGGCGCUGCUGGAGGACGGGACCAGGAUGGUGUGCACGGGCAGGAUGCACACCGACCGCCUCUGCCGCUUCCAGUCCCUCUGCUACUCCACCGAGGCUGAGGAGUUCAUCUACUUCCACAGCAACGCCUCGGUCAUGCUGCCCAACCUGGGCUCCCGGCGCUUCCAGCCCGCUCUGCUCGACCUCUCCUCGGUGGAAGACCACAACACGCAGUACUUCAACUUCGUGGAGCUGCCUGCCGCCGCUCUGAAGUUUAUGCCGAAGCCGGUCUUCGUGCCCGACGUGGCGCUGAUCGCCAACAGGUUCAACCCCGACAACCUGAUGCACGUCUUCCACGACGACCUCCUCCCCAUCUAUUACACCAUGCAGCAGUUCAGUGACCUGGGCGCGGAGGCGCGGCUCUUCUUCAUGGAAGGGUGGAGCGAAGGCGCUCACUUUGACCUCUACAAGUUGCUGAGUAACAAGCAGCCGCUCCUCAGGGAGCAGCUGAAAACCUUGGGCAGGCUCCUCUGCUUUACCAAAUCCUACGUGGGGCUGUCCAAAAUCACCACCUGGUACCAGUACGGCUUUGUCCAGCCGCAGGGGCCGAAGGCCAACAUCUUGGUUUCUGGCAACGAGAUCAGGCAGUUCACCAAAUUCCUGAUGCAGAAGCUGAACGUCAGCCUGGAGGAGAGCUCCGGCGAGGAGUACAUCGUGGUGUUCAGCCGAACGAUCAACAGGCUGAUCCUCAACGAGGCGGAACUAAUCCUGGCGCUGGCCCAGGAGUUUCAGAUGAAAACCAUCACCGUCUCUCUGGAGGAGCAUUCGUUCUCUGACAUCGUCCGGCUGAUCAGCAACGCCUCCAUGCUGGUCAGCAUGCACGGGGCCCAGCUCGUCACCUCGCUCUUCCUGCCCAGAGGGGCCGCGGUGGUGGAGCUCUUCCCUUACGCUAUCAACCCCGAACACUACACCCCGUACAAAACCCUGGCGACCCUUCCCGGCAUGGACCUGCAGUACGUCGCCUGGCAGAACACCGCCAGGGAAGACACCGUCACCUACCCCGACAGGCCUUGGGACCAGGGGGGGAUCGCUCACCUGGACAAAGCUGAGCAGGAGCGCAUCAUGAGGAGCACCGAGGUGCCGCGGCACCUCUGCUGCCGCAACCCCGAGUGGCUGUUCCGUGCCUACCAGGACACGAAGGUGGACAUCCCUGCCCUCCUCCAGGUCAUCAGGCAGGCCGUGAAGUCUAAGCCCGGGCCCAAGAAGCAGAAGUGGGCUGGGGGCCUCUACCCCGGCAAGGUGAGGGAUGCCAAGUGUCAAGCCUCCGUCCAGGGCACGAGUGAAGCCAAGCUUUCCGUGUCCUGGCAGAUCCCCUGGAACCUCAAGUAUCUGAAGGUCAGAGAAGUGAAAUACGAAGUGUGGAUACAAGAGCAAGGGGAAAACACUUACAUGCCUUAUAUAUUGUCCCAUCAGAAUCACACCUUCUCAGAAAACAUUAAGCCCUUCACCAUAUACCUGGUGUGGAUACGCUGCAUCUUCAACAAAAAUCUCCUGGGACCUUUUGCAGAUGUGCUCUUGUGUAGUACAUAACCUGGAGCUCUACCUGGACAGCUCUGCCCUGCUCUCCGCUCCACCCGUGGUUUAUAAACCUACUUUGUAGAGGGCUCAAGAGGACUAGGCUGUACCAGUGCCUGAGCGUCCAUCUGAUUGCACUCUGUGUGUGUGCGUGUGUGUUCUUUCAAUGGUAUUUAUUUCCCGUGAGUGUUCAAAGAAAACUGUUCUUCGGAGAACUUCCAGGGGUCAGAUUACGCGAUGAACACGUGUAAUUGAAAACAGAAUGGAAGCGAAUCGUGUGUACCUCGGUCGUGAUUUGAAUUUGUUUCUAUCGUGUCGUGAGUAUCUAAGCACAGCGUUAAUCCGCGGUUAAUUCCGUGGCUAGGUGGGCAAUUCUCAUCAGCUUUUUCACUGUAAGUUAUUUUUUUUUCCAAUAACUCUGUCUGUAAGUUUGAGUUAAAGGUUUGGUACGAGAGCUUUCAUUAAACUGCUGUAAACCUC